AGCAAAGUUUGCUCUCCUAGCGAACUUGUGAUUCACUGCUAAACCAGCCCUGCGUUUUCUCACGCUAUGUACUUAUAAAGAAAAAGAAGACUUGAUAAGCCGAAAUGACCUCCAAUCAAGAACGCUUUGAAGAAAUUGUGAUGAAAGCAGCCUGUAAUAUAGAACUUCAGCCAGAUCUGAAGGCUCUGAAGGAAGGAGAGGACUACUGUGCCUUUGAUGUCACAACUAUUAGCGAAAACUCUCCACCGAAGCCAAAAACCACCGACUGCACAGAUACAAGUCUGAAUUUUGGAGUAAAUGGAUUUACAAAACUGCCCUGGUCUACGAACAAUGUCGUCAAGAAUCAGCAAUGCUAUGCGGUUAUAGAGGAAGCGCUAGGAAGCUUAGCUAGCAAUGGUGCAAAAAGUAUCAAGGAUAUUAUAAAAACGAUAAAAAAGUACAGCUCCUGGGUCCCUUCCUUCGAUGGUCUGCGAAAUUAUGUGGAGAGCAAGCCUGCCACAGAACAGCAGACAAUUCUCGAAACUAUGACAGGAAUAGCGAAGCUAGCUGUCAAAGCGAAGUCACUAAUCGUUGAACCUCUGCCUCUGCUGCUAGCCGAUCAAACCGGAUCCGUUACGCUUAGUCAAGAGCAGUGUGCAUGUCUUCUGGCAAAUGGAUUCUUUUGCACGUUUCCGAAAGAAGCGAGUACCUUCAAUAAGAUCAAUUUUUUCAAGAUUUUCCAAACUGCCGAUCAUCUAUCUCAUGUGAGACUGCAGUUUUUGCUGCAUUACUUUUCGCUAGUGCUGGAAAAGAUGCCAACAGGCUGUGUUUCAUUUUGUCGCGCAGCCUUGAAAAAAGACGCGAUCCCGAAUUGGGAAGAGGAAAAAUCUCAGCUCCAUUCUCUUGCGGUAGUGUCUGAGGUACCGAUUGAAGACGUAGUUGCAUGUGCACAAGUAGAUUUUGCCGAUGAAGCGAUUGGAGGCCUUAUCCUCUCCACUCCCAUAGACCAGGAGGAAAUUCGCUUCCUUAUUUGUCCAGAACUGAUCGUGUCGUGCCUUUUAUGCGAGAAGAUGGGUCCCCUUGAAGCAAUUCACAUCGUCGGAGCACAACGUUACAGCGGCUACGAUGGAUACAGUUCCACUGUUGAAUGGAAGCCUUAUGACAGCUACGACUGUGAAGAACGAGAUAGUUUCAGGCGAGUGAUAUCGGACAUAAUCGCUAUUGAUGCUCUUCCCUUCAGCGAUAGUUCACAUCAAUAUGAGAAGAAAAAUAUCGACAGAGAACUCAACAAGGCGUUUUCCGGUUUCAUGUCAGAGAAGAGCGAUGCACGACCGAUAGCAACUGGAGGCUGGGGAUGUGGUGUGUUUGGAGGAGACAAAGAACUGAAAAGUUUGAUUCAAAUCAUAGCAGCUGCAAAAGCAGGACGAGAUAUGAUAUACUGCACAUUCAAUAAUAAGCAAUUUGAAGAUUCUCUGCUCAAUAUGUAUGAUGUGCUGCUAGAAAAGAACAUAACAAUUGGCGCCCUUUACAAGGCCUUAGUCUCGUAUGCAAAAAGUCUGAAGCAGCACAAGGAUUUGUCUGUCUUCAAGCACAUCUCCUUGGAAUUCGAAGCACAGUAGCAGUGUUAUUUUCUAUAUCAAAACAUGGCUUAAACAAGCUCAAUAAAUAUCUGCUCGA